AGAAAUAUCGAGUAUUAGACUUGUUAUCAGUAAUAGCAAACAUACGCCCAAAAACAAAUCGUAAAAUGGCCUCUGUGCUUAUACUUUUAUUCUGCUUUUCAUUAACAAAGGCUACACUAUCCCUUCACAGCAAUUGGAUGCCACCUGCACCGUAUCAUUUACCACCUAGCCAAUUGGAUCCAACGACACCAAACAUUUGGACCAAUCAACCAACAUGCAAGUCUGCUAAUGCCCAAGUGUACUUCUUACCCACUGCACCAAAACCAGCUAAAGUGACAGUUUUGACGGAACCAGCCAAAGUUAUACCAGGAGCACAGGAAAUUAAAGAAAUUAAUAAAGACAAAACAUCGUUGGGUGUUCCGCCUCCGCCGCCACCUUCCCCUGUACUUCCAGGGGUUCUAGAUAAGAUACCUACUAUUAUUCCACCUGUAGAAACAUCAUGUCCAUGUUUAAAUAGGAAAUCUAAAAUUCUGGAGCAAAUAUUUGAAAGGACCUCCAGCGUGCUGCCCAAUGCAUUUAAUUAUGAUCAAGAUUUGCUGAAUGGAUUUUUGAGCAGUUUAGGUUUGUAGUAUUGGUAAUAAUAUAGAAUGGUAUAUUGUUAUAAAUUAUUUCUAUUUAAAAAAUAUUAUAUUUAAGUGA